CUUCACCAUAUAUAUAUCCUCAGUCCUCUGCUUCUAAACUCAUCAGUUUCACAAGGAUUGGCUCUCUUCUUUGUUCUUGCUCCACUCCGUUUGUCGUCGUUCUUCAUCGCAAUUUCAGAUGGGUAAGCCAUCCCAAAAUAGCUCAAAUGUUAGAGCUCUAUGGCCAUCAAGAGUAACAACUAUCUUUUGUGAAGCUUGUGUGGAUGAGGUAUUUAAGGGUAAUCGACCUAAUACCCACUUUAGUAAAAAGGGUUGGACAAAUAUUAUAGCAACUUUUGAAAAGAAAACUGGAAGGGAAUAUCCUAGGGCGAAGUAUAAGCAUAAAUGGGAUAGUUUGAAGAAAGAUUGGGUACUUUGGAAUAAGUUGAAGGGAAGUGAAACUGGAUUGGGAUGGGAUGUAGCCAAAGGAACAAUAGCUGCAACUGAUGAGUGGUGGGAGAGGAAACUAAUGGAGGUUCCUAAAGCUGCAAAAUUUCGAGAGAAAGGUUUGGAGAAUGUUGACUUAUUAGACAUUAUGUUUAAGGACAUUGUGGCCACAGGAGAUUUAGCAUGGGCCCCCACUUCAGGUGUGUUACCUGAUGAUCUUGAGACACCUAAGGAAGGGUUAGGUGAUACUUUUGCUAACUCAUCUUCUCCAAAUGAUGACGAUGAUGUUCAUGAAGAUGAGACUCCUAACCUCACACAACCACCUAACCCAACACAAAAGAAGGAAAGAAGCGAAUUUUACCAUCAUCCACACAGAGCAAAGGAAAGAAAGGAGGAACGGCAUUACAGUUGA